AUGUCCGAUCAUCGUCAUAAUCAUUUUGAUCUAAAUAAUAAUAAUAAUAAUAAUAAUAAUCUUCAUCAUAAUCAUUUUGAAACUAAUCAUAACCAUAAUCAUUUUGAUUUGAAUAAUAAUAAUCUUCAUCCAUAUGUAAAUCAUGAUCAUCAUCCAAUUCAUUCAACUUCAAAUUCAAAUUCAAAUUUAAAUGUACAUAUACCAAUUCAAGAUGAUGUUAGUUCAAAUAGUUCAAUUUCCAGUAGUUCAAAUUACAGUAAUGGUUCCAUAAGUGGUUCCAACAGCAGUUCUUCUGGACAAUACCAAGUUUUUGAAUUUUUUGGUACACCUAUCAUUCCAUUAUUAUCGUUUCUUCAAAACUCUGUAGAUUAUAUCAAUUAUAGAGCAACAAGGGAAGGAGAGAUAUCUCCAUCCAUCUAUAAUGAUGCAACUAGAAUUCAAGUAUUGAAUCUAUUGGAUAUCCGAAAAGUGGUCAUGGCCAACAUUAAACUGGUCGACCAUGUUUUCAAUAUGUCUGGUGACCCAGAGUUUGGUAUUCAAAUCAUUCUAUCAAAAUCUGACCUCACCCUAGUCAACAUGAUAUCCAUUGGCUAUUUGUUAUUGGUCCUCAGAAUCUACCCAACUCUAUUGGCCAACAUUGACAAAUUCUUUAAAAGUAUUCUUAGUCCCCAAGGAUUCCUCACCUACCAAGAGGAAUGUAACCUCAUGAAAAAAAACAUCGUCACUCAUUUUGACACUCAAUUCUUUUGGUGUUGGAUAGAACAUUUCUCACACGGUCAUAUGGGAGCUCUAUACAAAGGGAUUAGUAGUCUUUGUGCAGACUAUAACGCCAAGUAUCCAGAAUCGCAAAUCAAUUUCCCAUUCAAUGUUUGUAGUUUUUCUCCUGCUACCUCCACCACUGACUUUUCCAACCACUCGGACCCCACCACCUCGACGGCCGCUUACAAUAGUAAUGAAACUACACCGGCAGUGUAUAGUACAAGCAGUCAAGAGGAUACCCAAACCAUGAUGGAAGACGAGUUGAUAGACGACCAAGAAUACAAUAGUGAGCGAGAGUCCAUAUCCUAUUGUCUACCGAAAAACCUUUGGCAUUUAAAACAAAACGAACAAAUUGAGAAACGUGUACUUGACUAUCUCACUUUCGAAAACCAACAAUUCACCGUCGAAGGAUGCAAUGCAUUCUCGGAAACAUCAUCACUAUCGUUUACCGAAUACAUGGAUAAUAUCCUAUUCAAAAUCCGGUCUUCAUUCGAAUCAACCCUUUCCAUCUACCUCUCGACUUCGUCGUUUUACUGGUUUGACAACUCUGGACUGGCACAAUACAUGUUGUACUGUAUCAAUGUCCAAAAGACAAUCCAUGCAAUGUCCAAUGUCAACCGCGAAGGUAAAGAGAGAAUAUUCGAUUACAUGACCACUGUUGACGACCAUUGGAAGUACCGAACCAGAAGUAUCACAUCAACCAAAGAAUGUGAAGAAAAGAAAGAAAUCCUUCUCAAAGACAUUGAACAAGAAACAAACCAUCUAAAGGAAAUUCAAUCACCAAAUCAAAAUACCUUGGAUCGAUUGGCUACCCUUCAAUCCAUCAAUCAAUACAUUCGAGAUAACCUUGCAUCCAUCAAUUCAAAUCACGAUACAAAACCAGAAAAUAAUUAUUAUUCUGUUGAUGUUUUGGAAACAAAGUUUAAUGAUUUAAUUGCUGGUUAUAAUCAUGUAAUCCGUAAAAAUUAA